AUGAAGGUGAGGAAGAGGAAGAGGAGGAGGAGAAGGAAGGCGCGGAAGAAGAGAAAGAAGAAGAAGAAGAAGGUGAGGAGGAGGAAGAAGAAGAGGAAGAAGAAGGCGAAAAAGAAGAAGAGGAAGAAGAAAAGGAAGGAGAGGAAAAGGAAGAAGAGGAAGAGGAAGAGGGCAAAGAAGAAGAGGAGGAAGAAGAAAAGGAA